AUGGCCGCCGCAAGACGCAAUUUUGUUUCUGAAAUCACACCAGCAAAAGAGUCAUGGGAUGUUGUUAUUCGAGUUAUUCAAUUGUGGUUUGUGCCAGAGAUGAAUUCGAAACAGAAGUUUUAUGCUAUGGAGAUGGUUCUAAUGGAUGAGAAGGGUUUCAAGAUUCAAGCUUCUGUUCGUAAGGCUCUGCUGUCUCGAUUUGAGAAUAAGAUUUGUGAGGAAAUUGUUGAUGAUCUUAUAACAGUAUCCCCUUACUCAUUUGUGUCCUUCCCAGAGAUCGUUGGGAAAAUUGAUAUGGACUACUUGAUUGAUGUUGUGGCCAUUUUGUCUGUUGUUGGACGUGAAAGGGUUUAUGAAAGGAAUGGUGUAACUACUAAGUUUAAGGUUAUUGAGUUACAGAUGAAGCUUGACUGUACACUGUUUGGACCAUAUGUUGAUGAACUUGAUGCAAACCUCAAAUCUGGAAACACCGACCAUGUUGUUGUUCUUCCUUACUAUCUGAAAGUCAAAUUGUACAAUGGAAAGAUCCAGAUGCAUAAUGCAAUGAACUGUACCAAAUUGUUGUUCAACCCAAAAAACACCCGAGGCAGAUUCUUUAAAGCUGAAGUAAAUAUUUUUUAG